AUGUUCAAAUAUAUUACCUUCGCCGCUCUCUUCGCAUUCGCCACCGCUGCUCCAGGUUUCAUCGCUCAACCCGUUGUAGCCAAAGUAGGUGCCGUUGUACACACCGUUCCAUCUGCCACCUCCCACCAGAGCAUCACUCAAGUGCACAAUAAUGCGCAUAUUGUUACACCUGUUGUGAAAGCUGUAGCUCCAGUGGUUCAUGUUGCUCCGGUUGUAAAGACCUACUCCGCUCCUGUGAUUCCAGUAGUCAAAACUGUUGAUCCAGUCGUCCCCGUGGUUCAUGCUGCACCCGUAGUUCCAGUAGUGAAGACUUACUCUGCCCCGGUAGUUCAUCAUGUUCCGGUUGUGAAGUCAGUUGUUGCCCCCGUCGUACCAGUGGUUCAUGCGGCUCCAGUUGUGAAGACAGUUCUUGCAGCCCCUGUCGCUCACCUUGUUCACCACUAA